CAGCUUCCUCGCCUUCUUCCCAGCUCCACGCUUCUGAAGGCAAGUCCUCUAUCUUGCUAGCACUCACCCGGUAGUGCGCAAGGAAGCAGAAGCUUCAGCUUCAUAAAGUUAAGCAAUGGGAAGAAGUCUCAGUCCAGUGAUCCGGCGAGAGCUUGCAAACCUUGACAAAGAUGCGGACAGCCGCAAGUGUGCAAUGAAAGCACUGAAGUCAUACGUGAAAGAUUUGGAUUUUAAGACCAUUCCUAUCUUCCUCGCCCAAGUUUGCGAAACUAAGGAUACCGGCUCGCUAUCAGGAGAAUUCACGAUUUCACUCUAUGAAGUUCUUGCUCGAGUUCAUGGCGUCAAGAUUGUGCCUAUGAUAGACAGCAUAAUGAAAUCCAUUGUGCAAACCUUAGCUUCAAGUGCGGGGUCUUUCCCACUUCAGCAGGCUUGCUCAAAGGUGGUUCCAGCUAUUGCAAGAUAUGGAAUUGAUCCCACAACCCCAGAAGACAGAAAGAGGCAUAUAAUUCAUUCCCUCUGUAAGCCACUUUCUGAUUCCCUCACUUCUUCUCAAGAGAGCCUAGCUUCAGGAGCAUCCCUUUGCUUAAAGGCUCUUGUGGAUUCAGACAACUGGAAAUUUGCUUCAGAUGACGUGGUCAAUAGGGUCUGCCUGAAUGUUGCUGUAGCUUUAGAGGGCAGGUCCACCCAAAAUAACUCGCAUUUGGGUUUGGUAAUGGCCUUAGCUAAGCGCAAUGCUUUGAUUGUUGAAGCAUAUGCAAGAUUGCUUAUACAAUCUGGAUUGAGAAUAUUGAAUGCUGGGCUUGUGGAAGGGAACUCCCAGAAGAGAUUGUCAGCCAUUCAAAUGGUAAACUUCUUGAUGAAAUGUCUAGACCCCCGGAGCAUAUUCUCAGAACUCGAUUUGAUCAUUCUGGAGAUGGAGAAGUGCCAGGCUGAUAAAAUGGCAUAUGUGAAAGGUGCUGCAUUUGAAGCUUUGCAAACGGCUAAGAGAAUUGCAGCUGACAAAAAAUCAAGAUAUAUUAAAAGUCCUGGCUCAGUGACUGGCUCAAAUUUUAGCAUGGGUGACCACAAUGAAGGGGAAAACUUUUCUUGUGAAGGAGAGCAUUCUCCUAGAUCUAUUUCACCAGAAUCACGGACUCUGGACUUCUUUCCAGGAUAUGAAUCAGUGAGCGAGUCUCCCAUUGCGAUGAGCCAAACUUCUCAGACUUCGAACUAUGAGCGUCGAAGUGUGAAUAGGAAACUUUGGAGCCAGGAAAAUGGAGGAGUUGACGUGUCUCUCAAGGAUGGCCUGUUUUCAGAGGUUGUGAAGAGAAAUGAUAUGUCAAAAAAGUGGUUAGAGAACUCUGCGAAUCAUGAGGUUUUGGAUAGGACAGAUUCAACAGAGGAGUUUGCUGGAUUCACGCAUCAGAAUCCUAGGUUUGGAGUAUCCAGAAGCACCACCACAAGUCCGCUGAGGUCUCGAACACAGGUGAAUGUAGACAACAUAAAAAUCUUCAAGACUCCUAGAAAGCUCAUUCAGUCUCUUCAAGACCCAUUCGAUGUGAACUCCGGUAGCUCUGAGAAACAGAACAGACGGUACAGGAGUUUAUCCUCAGGCAAUGCUGAGUGGAGUCCAACAUCUGAAUGUGAUCAGAAUGGUUUCUCACAUGAAAAUAAUGAUUCCAAAGAGAAUGAAAGCUUAUCAUGCGAUGGUGGUUAUAAUGAUGAUGUACAGAUACAGGGUGGUCAGGAGUCAGUCCCAGUAUCAGAUGAGCUUUCUGGUGAUGUCGACAUGCAGAUGCAUCCUGAGGUAGUUGCCAGGAGUGAAAGUAAUGCUCAGAGAACUGGCAUGGAAAAAACCCUGCGGAGGGCUACGUUCAAAUUGGUUUGUGGUCUCUCUUUCGCUCUACUUGCAGUGGCUACUCCUCUUGUAUGGAUCAACGGUCAGGACGAAGGACAUUAUCUUGUCCCGACAUAACUUGCACUUUCUGAUGUGCAUGUUGAAGAUCAUGAUGUCUGUUAUAAAUUAUCCAAACAUCUUUUUAGAGCACCAUAGAAGGCCUUAUUCUAUAUAAACACUAGUUCCAAGUAAAUGUUGACAUGUUCAGUGUCCCCCUAUGAUUGAUGCUCAAUCUGCUUUUGUUCUUGUAAAGAGUCUCAAGAAGUUAAGUAGUUAAUCGCCCCCCUCGCCCAGUCUAGUCAAUUAAGAGCCAAUGUUGAACUUCUAGGCAAGAUUAGAUGUCAUGGUUAUUACUAAUAAUUGAAAAAAUUCGGUUGCCCUCAUCGGAGUUCCAGAAUUCUCCUGUCAGAACUUUUGACUACAGAAGCGGUUUGACAGUUUUAAUU